UCCGGCGGCGGGGCGGGCAGGGGCGCUGCGGGAACGGCACGGAUGAGGCGCAUGCGCGUUGAGGACCGGCGCUGGGGCUGUAACGGCUCGGCGUGGAGGGGCCGGGCGGGGCUCGCCGUCGCCGGCAGCGGCGGCCGCGGAGAGGCGGCGGCGUUCGCCGAGCAGGGCGGCGGCGGCUGGCGCGGCGGCGGCUGGCGGGGCCAGUCGCGGGGCUCGCUGCAGCAGCUGGCGGAGCGGUACGCCGACCUGGCGGCCAGCCACCGCGAGGCGCUGCGUCAGCGGGAGGAGCGGGAGUGGCACAACGCGCGGCUGCGCCAGGAGAACGCGCGGCUGCGCCUGGAGAACCGCCGCCUGCGCCGCGAGAACCGCAGCCUCUUCCGCCAGGCCCUGCUGGGGCCCGGGCCCGGCCCCGACUGCUCCGCCGCCGGCGACGCCGCGGCCCUGCGCGACCAGCUGCGGCGGCUGCAGGAGAAGCACCGCCGGGCCGUGCAGCACCUGCGGCGCUGCCGCGCCGCGGGCGGGCCGGCGGCGCCGGAGCUGGACGACGGGGAGCUGGAGGAGCUGCUGGAGGAGGACGCGCCGCCGCCGCCGCCCCCCGAGCAGCCGCUGGAGCAGAGGAGCCUGGUGCCGCCCGUGUAGUCGCCGCGCGCCGGGCUGCGCGGAGGGGACGGGUGCCGCCCGCGGGCGCCCUCCGGGGCCGCCUCCCGGAGACAGCCUGGCGGAGGGCUCCGUCCCGCUUUUAUCCUCCCAGCACGCCGCCACCCCCCAAAAUGUGCGGCGCGGCAGCGCUGAGCGUGACCGAGGAAAAGGGGCUGCAGCUGCACGGCUGGCGUGCAGCGCAGGCCGGUGGUUUAGCCAAGGCGGUUGCUGCCGUGGAGAAAAUAAGCACAGUAAAGGAACAGUUGGUGUCAGGCCACCUCCCAGCAUUGAGUUAGGUAGCUGCCUCUCUUGCUCUCAUUAUGGGGACUUACUGUGAAUUACCAUUCUCGUUUUUUCCGGUCUGAGUUAGCAGGUGUCACGUAGCCCUUAGUUGCCACAGAGACUAUCAGAAAGUGGCUCUAACUAGUCCUUGGUGGUCUGUGCGUGUCUGUGAUGAAAGGGGGCGGAGGAAGACGUUUGCCAGCUUUUGUCCGAACUUCAGUGAAAGUUGGCCAUCCUGAACGCUUCUCAAUUGCUUGGACACCGACGGCAAAAGACUUUCUGUAUCUUUCAUGAUGGGCUUUGUUGACCGUCACGUGGAUUUUGGUUUCGGUUUGGCACUUUCCCAUAAAACUGCAGAAACUAAAUAAAAACUUGACACACCAAAUGACUGUCUUAAAUGUGAUUUGUAGCAGGCAGUUAUUUUGGUAUUGUAGGUGAAAUGCCCUUCAGAACUUCGUAACAUUCUUCCUCAAACUUUGAGGAAUUUGUCGUUUUUCAGACCUUUCUUCCUUGAGAAAAUCUAUUUGAAAUCAAGCCUUGUAAAGAAUUGAGACUUCAGUUGGUUUUGUAACACUUCCUCAGUUUUUAUCAUUUAAAAGCUGUCUGAUGUCUGAGGUUUCAGAUUGAUUCCUUAAGGCUUCAGUAGCCAAGCCCUACUUCAGCUCAGGGAUGAGGUCAUAGUUAAUGUAACAUUAAUAAGGCAUAAAAUCCUUCCUUUCCAAGUAUCUUGGAGUAAAACUUUUGAAAAGAGUAGUUGUUAUUCCUUUGUAUAAUGUCAACAUAAGCCUUUAAUCAUAAAGUGCUAUAGAGCUUGUUAAGUCAACACAUCUCUUUGGAUCAAAUAAAUACAUUCUAAAAGUGUCAAAAAAACUCCUGGCUUGUGCAGUUAAUCUCUCUUUGAGAAAUCUUGAAUGUUCGUGUCUGGAUGCGUUGUUUGUUAUUUUUUGUAAAAGAGGAUGUGUUCUCAGAAAUGCUUAAGUUGAUAAAUGCUGAAGAAUUACAGCAGGUACAAUCAGGACAACAAUGUUGUCUAUUUUAAUAAUCUAUUAAAGUAGAUUAUUGAUCUUG